AGAAAAAAAAUUCAAACAAUUUUUUGACGUUAGAGAAAUGACGAUGAGAUAUGAAUUCUUGUCCUGGACACGUUUACGAACUGAAAGUUCAAUACCCUUUUUGAAAGGCAACCAUCUUUUGAAAUUUAUGAGCAGUAGGCCUAUUCGUUGAUAUCAUUGAGACUACCUUUGGAACUCUGGAACGGAUUUGGGUUUCGAAGUUUAAAAGAAAUCAGAUUCAGUGGAGAAUGAUGAUGACUUCCUCAACUUUCCGACUCAUUGCUCUUCUCGCGGCUCUGGCUGGCAUAGAAGCGGGUGCAUCCACCACACCAACCUUGGCUGCGACCGUACCUGCUGCAUUGGCUGGAUCGACAAGCAGUCUUCUCUAUAUACAAAUAACAAGCACGGUGUCCUUCAGUUGCACAAAUGCACCCGGUGUCGUGUCCAUAGGAUACAAAUGGUUGAAAGACGGAGUCGUUUUGAAUACAACCACGGCCAGUGAAUUCAACAAGAUAUUCGCUUGGAGUGAUAACGGAUCAUACACGUGUAUAACAACGGAAGUCAUGGCGGUAGACAGUAUGCCCUCAAAUCCUGUGGUCGUAAAAGCUGGGGGCCCAGUCCUUGGAUCGGAACUCGAGAUCAAUCCCCUGGACAUAACCAGCCGUGGGGCCACUAUCACUUGGAAGAAACCCACAGAACCAUCAGACAGCUUUGCCAUUUACAAAGUCGUCUUAAAGCCAGACACAAAAGGGGCGAUCAUUAUCGUUCCCACGAAGGAUGCGACAAACCCAUCCUGUGCUUUAACGAACCUUCAAUCUCACACGGUGUACACAGUUACAGUAUCCACUGAGACCGAAAUCGGAAGUGUAAAGGUUGAGGGCUAUUCAAAAUCUGCGUUGUUUGUUACGCGGGCGGCUGCCAUGUUGCACCUCCCCGUAACCAUGAACAUCUACAUCACAAGUGCAGGUAUGGUCGCCCUGUUUGCCUCGGUCGUCGCUGGCAUUUGAAUGGAGAAUUUUAAAAGUAGGGCAAGUGGAACUGUAGCUGUGUGACACCUGUGUGUCCCACUCUGAGCACGAACGAUUUAUCACUGUGGGUAAAGGUAUUGGUUUACCUUUGCAACACAAUCGAAACAAGGCCCUCCCAUUGGCACCCCCUAAAAGCGCUACCCACUGCCCACCCACUACCCGGCCAGUACCUCUCGUUCCGGGCCAUAUUCCGUGUUUUAUUGCUACCCUUCUCGACUGGAUGUUGCUGCCCGUCCCACUACUAUACACUGUGCAACGGUCUACCCGGGUGUCUACCCGUGCAAACAUUACUGAUUUUUAGAAAUCCACAGCACGAUAACAACAAAUAAUGUAAGCGUAACUCUUUUUUAUUGCAAACGUCCACCACCAAUGUCCAAACACAUAACAAAUACAUACUACACCAAACUCUGGACUCUGAUACAGUCGUGGCGGUCAUUGUUCCUUUGUCACGCUUUAUCCUGACUGCUUAUAUCACAUAAAAACAUGAUUGUGUAAUUCACACAAAAACGUGAUUGGCGAAUCACUUAAAAGCAGGAUUAAUAGUACAAUCACGGUUUAGCUUGAAUGAACCAAAUCACGUCGAAGUCUGAUCAAAUCACACCAAAACGGGAUACUAUCGGCAUUUGGUUACCGAUUUUUCGGGAGCAGAAUUAUUUCACACUGUAAUACUGCAGACCUACCUAAAACCAGUAAACUUCUCAUGUUAUAUUAUGUGAAUAGUCAUCUAGUCAUAGGCAGAGAUAAGCCUAGAAACCUCUGAGGUAGGCUUAACAUUUGGUCCAGCGGCGAUUAACUACCGGUAAACAAUGGAAGUAAAGGGGGCGAGUACAAGCAAUCCCGAGAUAUGGGCUGCACAGUGAUAUGGCCCCAAAGGUACUGGGUAGUGGGUGUGUAGUGGGUAGUGCAUGGGUAGUGGGUGGUGCUUUUAGGGGGUGCCUAGGGGGUGCCCCUCCCAUUACAGUGUUGGAGGGGUACAAUCGGAUAAACAUAAUAAAUGCGGUCCUUACGCCCCUCAAAAUGGCUCGAACUAAUCUUUUGUAUGUUUCUUUUGUGUCGUCAUUUCCUCUCCAGGUAAGCACGUAUUUUAUUAGGAAAACCGAUACCUUUAGCCACCGUAAUGAUAGCGUGUACCAUAAAUAUUAGCCAAAAUGUUAGAAUCACAGAUCGUGGAUAAAUUGUACAUUUUAACAUGCAUAAAUGUUGCGGUAUUCAAACGGCGAUUCAUCUUUGAAUAAAAUCUUCAUGUGAGCUUUGUCGGACACGGAUCGAUGAACAAUUAAUGAUAUAAAAUGUAAGUGGACCACGGCCUAUUCGUCGUUUCUACUGCUUUAAAGGGACAACUUGGGCAUGAUAUGUGUUGAUGUUACAUACAAAAUUGGCUUCCGGCAGUACCGUGACUUCUCCAAACAGGAUAAUUGGAGAAAAAAAUAUUGAACUGCAUUGAACAAAGAUGCGCUAAAAUGGGGUGGAACCAUUGUCCUGCCUGAAAUUCACACGUCCUGUCCAAACCUGCCUAGCAACACUGGCAAAAAUCUUUAUUAUAUACGUGACACUAGAAGUGACGGUACAUGGUGGCCAGGUAAAUACCACGCCCAAGUUGUCCCUUUAUGGAAACCACCCGGACUAUAACGCAUAGAAUAUUGGAACAUUUUGUAAAUAGCACAUGUCUAACAACACGAUUGCGACCUUUUCACAAUAGAAUAUUUUACUGCACAUAUCAAUGUUUUGUGUCAUUUCAAACGACAGUCUCUUUACAAUAUUCCACAAGCCUUUGGCUCAACUUGAACAUGGACUAUAGCCUUAUUUGAUUUACAUCUUCAUGAAGAGAGAAUUCAAACGUCUUUAUUGCAGACCAAAAUGUGUCUUUUAUGGCAUUUACGCUGUACAGUAGAACCUCUCUAUUAACGACACUCUUUGGACUGACAAAUGCGUUCUCCAUAGAGACAGAGAGGUCAAAAUCAAGUUAGACAACCAACUUGGGACCAAAACAAGCAUCUUUAAUAAAAUGGACAUCCUUUUUAGCGAAGUGUCCGCUAAGGGAGGUUCCACUGUAUAUGGAUCUCCAAUUGGUAUGUCUAUUCUGACGACUCAAGAAGCGUCAGUGACGUGUCUGAAUGAGACAAAAUUUGGAACACAGAACAGGAACGAGUUUGCUUUAUUCAUGACAGAUUCUGCCGCAAAUGAUAUGGUGAUGUCUACUAUCUUCCACAUUAUUGCUCUUCUGACACUGGUUGACAUCGAAGCGGCUAAACUCGCUAAACCAACCUUGAGCACAUCAGGAUCUGGACUUGACGGAUCAACAGGCAACUUUCUCUACUUACGAAUGAGCGAUUCAAUGUCCUUCACGUGUGUACAGUCGGAAGCGGGUAUAAAAGAAUAUCAAUGGUUGAAAGAUGGAGUCCUUCUCCAGACAACAUCAACCAAUUUACUCAAGAAAUCGUUCGCUCACUGGACGGAUAACGGGGUGUACACGUGUAAGGUAAUAGCAUCCUCUGGCGUGGCAGACAACAGUGACCUCUCCGAGCCCGUGGCCGUAAAAGCUGGGGGCCCGCUCCUCGGCUCGAGAAUAGUGAUCGUGGCCUCGGAUAUAACAAGCAAUGCCGCCACCAUCACUUGGGCGAAACCCACAGAACCAUCAGACAGCUUUACCUCCUACAAGGUCGUCAUCUCGCCAGCCACGGAAGGUGCAACAGCUUCUGUUCCCUCGAAGGACGUGGCUAACCCGUCCAGUGUUUUAACUAGGUUACAACCUUACACAAUAUAUACUGUCACCGUGUCCACGGUGACAGAAUUUGGAAGCGUAAAGGUUGAGGGCUACACAAAAGUAGGACUAUUUCUUACGAGAUCGGCUGCUCUAUUGCACGGGCCUGCAGCCAUGAGCAUCUAUUUCACAGGUGCAACCAUGGUCGCCCUUUUUGCCUCAGUGGUCACUGGUGUUUAAAUGAAGAAGGUGUAUCAUGUACACUGUAGGUAUGACACAUGGAUGUAGCUGUGUGCACCUUGACGAAAUAGUACAGAUCAUUGCAACAAAACAGGAAAAUCUUAAGACACAAUACCAGUACCUGCUGGCAGUAUCGAUUUCACCGAGGGGCAUCCAGAUAAAAAAGUACUACAGUGGAAUCUCCUUAAGCGUACACCUCUCUAUUAAGGACACUUAUUUUGGUCCCAAAUUGGUUGUCUCUUCAUUAAUUCUGACAUCCUCUAUAAUCAGCACACCUCCCUAUCAAGGAAAGCCUUUGUCAGUCCAAAGUCCCAAUAGAGAGGUUCUACUGCAUUUGUCGGCAUUGCAAUUUUCAACUACUUGUAGUUCUGAAAGUUCAGGCCAUCUUUUCGGAUGAAACCAAUGGCAACGCCAAUAACGGGCAAAGUUAUAACGUUAACAUGCAAAGUCACCGACCUAGUGCACCCCCUCAGGCUUUAUGUCGGGGAGAACUCCCUUUUAUAGCUGAUCUUAAAUAUUCCACCAACUACCAUCCACCAUGACUGCAUGGGAAUUACUGAACAUUUAUCGCACAAAAACUUAUAGAUAAUAGGCACACGUACACGUAGUAACGAUAGAUAUUGCUGUUUUUACUCAUGUCAU